CCGAAGUCUCGCGAGAUCCUGGCGAGGCCCAAUGGAACGCGGAGAGUGGCUUAUCACUAGGGGCAUUUGUUGGGGGCGGAGCCUUGACUGGAGCUGGCCGCGAGUCGUAGGUGCCCGGCGUAACGGCGUUUAGGCCAAACGGCCGCUGUGAGGAGCGUAGCCGUGGCCAUGAAGGAAGAGAAGGAGCAUAGGCCGAAGGAGAAGCGAGUAACUCUGUUAACACCCCCGGGGGCCUCAGGCAGCGGCGGUGGGGCUUCAGCAGACAUCUCCAAGGGGGAAGAUAAGCAAGAUCGCAACAAGGAGAAGAAAGAGGCGCUAAGCAAGGUAGUAAUAAGAAGAUUACCUCCCACCUUGACCAAGGAGCAGCUUCAGGAGCAUCUCCAGCCUAUGCCUGAGCAUGAUUAUUUUGAGUUUUUUUCUAAUGAUACUAGUCUGUAUCCUCAUGUGUAUGCCAGGGCAUACAUCAACUUUAAAAACCAAGAGGACAUUAUUUUGUUCAGGGAUCGCUUUGAUGGUUAUGUGUUCCUUGACAAUAAAGGUCAGGAAUAUCCUGCUAUAGUAGAAUUUGCACCUUUUCAAAAAGCUGCAAAAAAGAAGACUAAGAAAAGAGAUACCAAAGUUGGGACCAUUGAUGAUGACCCAGAAUAUAGAAAAUUUUUGGAAAGUUAUGCCACUGAUAAUGAGAAAAUGACAUCUACUCCAGAGACACUGCUAGAGGAAAUAGAAGCAAAAAAUAGAGAAUUAAUAGCUAAAAAGACAACCCCACUUUUGAGCUUCCUGAAAAACAAGCAGAGAAUGAGAGAAGAAAAGAGAGAAGAAAGAAGGCGGCGAGAAAUAGAAAGAAAAAGACAAAGAGAAGAAGAGAGAAGGAAAUGGAAAGAAGAAGAAAAACGAAAAAGGAAAGAUAUAGAGAAGCUGAAAAAAAUAGAUAGAGUUCCAGAAAGGGACAAAAUAAAGGAUGAACCAAAGAUUAAGGUACACAGGUUUCUGUUACAAGCUGUGAAUCAGAAAAAUCUGCUCAAGAAGCCAGAAAAAGGAGAUGACAAAGAACUGGACAAAAGAGAGAAAGCCAAGAAAUUGGACAAAGAGAAUCUGAAUGAUGAAAGAGCCAGUGGGCAAACUUGUACAUUGCCCAAGCGUUCUGAUGUCGAACUUAAAGAUGAAAAGCCAAAGAGACCUGAAGAUGAAAGCAGCAGAGACUACAGGGAGAGGGAUCGGGAUUACGAACGAGAUCAGGAGCGCAUACUUCGUGAGAGAGAGAGACUGAAGCGGCAGGAAGAAGAGCGCCGUAGGCAAAAGGAGCGCUAUGAGAAAGAGAAGGCUUUUAAAAGAAAAGAAGAAGAAAUUAAAAAGGAGAAAGAAACACUUCGUGAUAAAGGAAAGAAGAAUGAAAGUACAGAAUCAGUAGUCAGCUCAGAAAAAACCGAAAAGAAAGAGGAAGUGGUUAAGAGAGAUCGCAUAAGAAACAAGGAUCGCCCAGCAAUGCAGCUUUACCAACCAGGAGCUCGAAGCCGAAAUCGCCUCUGUCCCCCUGAGGAGAGCACCAAGCCUGGAGAUCCAGCAGUAGAAAAAAAGCAGGAAAGUGGUAUUAGCCAUAGAAAAGAAGGAGGAGAGGAGUGAUAAGUCCGAAUGGCCUUAGGUGUCCUGACUGUCUAGGCAGCCAAAGAGCACGUAUUAAGCAAUCCAGAAGUGCCUUCAGGGCAAAGGAAUAGAGAGAAAGGAUGGGGGUCGCUGUGCUGGUGGGGUUCACUGCAGAGGAGGAUGUUUGUGGCAAAGCAGGAAUCUGACCACAGGGUCAGAAUUGGAAGUACAGUUUCAUUGUUUUUGCAAUUUCUACAAAUUAAUUUCGAAGUGUCAGAAAAAGAUGAUGGCGAGGCCAUGCAUUGCAAUUUGCAGGUGGAAAAUGUCAAGGGAGGAUUUCAUUGUGUAUGACACAAGAAAAAAAAAUAAGAGAGCUGACUAUAAAAUCAAAAAGUGUUGUUAAUCCUGGAUUGAAUUUUUUUAAAUUGGGUGGAACAGAGUCACUCUGACGUCUCGUUCAGGUCUAGUUAUAAUGCAUUGUUGGUGAGAACCGCUAACUUCAUGUAGUGUAAAGCAACAAGCAUGUAAUUAAUUGUAGUACAAGUACAGUGAAGGAUGUAACACAUUUCCACUGAUGCAAAAAUUUACAUAGUCAGGGUCUGUCUGUAUCCUAUGUCCUAAAGCUUUAGGAUUAGUUUUAGUUUGUUUACAUGAAUUUAGCAUAAAGACUAUUUUUAAACAUCUCAUUUUGCCUUUAGCAUUUUUUCUAUGAAUAGGUAAACCGUAGCCUUUGUUUGGUUCUUGACAGUCCAGUCUCUGUUUCAUCUUAGGUCUCAGGAUGUGAGGGCAUACCCUCUCCAAGAAGGACACUGCACUAAUAUCUGUUCCCGUUAAAUAGCAACUUGUAGUCUCUGCUCGUUCUGUACUGAAGUCAAUAAAUAUCAGUAGCACUCAAAUAUGAA